UGCGGCUAGCAGACCCUCUCCUCCUGCUGCGCCGCGCCCUCUUCACGGAUCCGUUGCUGCCGCCGCCCCGCUCCCGCCCCGCCGCGUACCGCCAUGGCCAACCCCGUGGUCUUCUUCGACAUCUCCGCCAGUGGCGAGCCCCUGGGCCGCGUCACCUUCGAGCUGUUUGCAGAUAAGGUCCCCAAGGACAGCAGUGAAAUGCCUUUUCUUUUGUUAGAAAACUUCCGUGCUCUGAGCACUGGUGAGAAGGGAUUUGGCUACAAGGGGUCCUGCUUCCACAGAAUCAUUCCUGGAUUCAUGUGCCAGGGUGGCGACUUCACACGCCACAAUGGCACUGGCGGCAAAUCUAUCUAUGGAGAGAAGUUCCCUGAUGAGAACUUCAUCCUGAAGCACACAGGCCCUGGCAUCCUCUCCAUGGCAAUGCUGGGCCCAACACCAACGGUUCCCAGUUCUUUCAUCUGCACCGCCAAGACUGAAUGGUUGGAUGGCAAGCAUGUUGUCUUCGGCCGUGUCAAGGAAGGAAUGAACGUGGUGGAGGCUAUGGAGCGCUGUGGCUCCAAAGAUGGCAAAACGAGUAAGAAGAUCACCAUCACCGACUGUGGGCAGCUCUCAUAAACCCUCCUUGUCCUUUCUGACCAUUCCUUCAGCAGCCUGGGCACUGCUGCCUGCUGCAGCUCACCCUGUCCUGCCCUGCCCCUGACUUACUGCUGCGUUUCUGCUGGGUCUCAGCCUUUGUGUGCACGGUCCAGCUGGGCCUCAGUUACCUUAAUGAAUCUAAAUAAAACGAGUUAAACCA